GUGGGCCUUCCUACAAACAGGUUUGUAGUAGGUUGCUGAGGUGCAGAUACAUUGCCUUCCAAGUGUUAGAUGAAUUGCUUGCUUACCGAAGAAUAAUCAGCAUGGACACAAAGCGUGAUACCUGCGUUAAAAUUCCAAGUGCGAAAACCUUGUUUCAGUUAUCAUCAAAGAUUUAUAUAUAUUGUCAUUGCUUUUUCUUUGAGUAAGGAACAAUGGUGCAACGUUUGCUCCACGGGACUCUCCAUGCCACCAUAUAUGAGGUUGAUAAGCUACACAAUGGAUGCAUGAAUUUGUUUAGAAACGAUCUAUCGACCGGAAGAAAAAAUUGUGGGAAAAGAUUUUUAAGCCAAGUCAAGAGACUGGUGUUGUGCCGGACUGAGGUGAUAAUGUAUGCAACAGUUGAUCUAGACAAGGCAAGGGUAGGCCGAACCAGAAUGGUAAAAAAUGGACCCUCAAACCCGCAAUGGUACGAGUCCUUCCACAUAUACUGUGCUCAUUAUAUCUCAAAUGUGAUAUUCACUGUCAAAAAUGAUGAUCCCAUUGGAGCAACUCUGAUUGGAAGAGCUUAUGUACCUGUCGAGGAGAUCAUGAAUGGAUAUAUAGUGGACAAAUGGGUUGACAUAUUAGAUGUAGACCACAAACCCGUGCCUGGAGGUUCAAGAAUCCAUGUGAGGCUACAGUUUUUCAGUGUAACCCAAGACAGUAAUUGGUCUCAGGGAAUCCAGAAUCCGAUAUUUGAGGGAGUGCCUUAUGUAUUCUGGAACCAAAGACAAGGGUGCAAAGUCACUCUUUAUCAAGAUGCACAUUUUGAUGAAAGCUUGCCUAUUAUGAUCAUAGAAGGCAAACCUUACGAGCCUCACAGAUGUUGGGAGGACAUUUUUGAUGCCAUUACAAACGCCGAACAUUUUAUAUACAUCACUGGAUGGUCUGUUUACACAAACAUAACAUUGGUAAGAGACCCAAAUAGACCAAAACCGGGAGGCGAUGUCACGCUUGGGGAGCUGCUGAAGAUCAAGGCCGAAAAAGGUGUCACUGUUCUCAUGCUUGUUUGGGAUGAUAGGACUUCAUUAGAGGAAUUCAAGAAAGAUGGUUUGAUGGCAACACACGACCAAGAUACUGCAGACUAUUUUCGGAACACAAAUGUGCGCUGUGUUCUUUGUCCUCGAAAUCCUGACGAUGGAAGAAGCAUAAUUCAAGGGUUUGAGAUUUCAACCAUGUUCACUCACCAUCAAAAAACAAUUGUUGUGGACAGUGGAAUCCCUGCUGAAGCAUCACAUAAGAGGAGGAUUGUGAGCUUCAUUGGGGGCAUUGAUCUUUGUGAUGGGAGGUAUGAUGCACAAUCGCACCCUCUUUUUAGGACUUUGGACACAGUCCAUCAUGAGGAUUUCCAUCAGCCAAACUUUCCAGGCUCAUCAAUCCGGAAAGGUGGUCCAAGGGAGCCCUGGCAUGAUAUUCACUGCAAAAUAGAAGGUCCUGCUGCUUGGGAUGUCCUGUACAAUUUUGAGCAGAGAUGGAGAAGGCAAGUUGGGAAUGAAUGGCUAAUUCCAAUGUCCAAGCUUGAAGAAAUAAUAAUCCAGCCACAGCCAGUUACUCAUUCAGAUGACACAGAGACGUGGAAUGUCCAAUUAUUUCGUUCCAUUGAUGGUGGUGCUGCUUCCGGCUUUCCUGAACAUCCUAGUGAUGCUGCUGCAGUGGGUCUUGUUAGUGGGAAAGACAACAUCAUUGAUCGAAGCAUUCAAGACGCUUACAUCAACGCCAUUCGCAGAGCCAAGAAUUUCAUCUACGUUGAAAAUCAAUACUUUGUUGGAAGCUCAUUUGGUUGGAGAUCAAGGGAUAUCAAAGAUGAAGACAUUGGUGCUUUGCAUCUAAUACCCAAGGAGAUCUCAUUGAAGAUUGUUAGUAAGAUUGAAGCAGGGGAGAGAUUCACUGCUUACAUUGUUAUCCCAAUGUGGCCUGAAGGUAUUCCUGAGAGUGGUUCUGUUCAAGCAAUAUUGGAUUGGCAAAGAAGGACAAUGGAGAUGAUGUAUACUGAUAUUGUUCAAGCCCUUCAAAAGAAAGGACUCGACACAGAUCCUAAAGAGUACCUAACAUUUCUCUGUCUUGGCAAUAGAGAAACAAAGAAAUAUGGAGAAUAUGCACCUCCAGAGACUCCAGAGCCUAAUACUGACUACAGUAGAGCUCAACAAUCUCGGCGGUUCAUGAUCUAUGUACACUCAAAGAUGAUGAUCGUUGACGAUGAAUACAUAAUCGUUGGUUCAGCCAAUAUCAACCAAAGAUCAAUGGAUGGUGCAAGGGACUCAGAGAUUGCAAUGGGAGCAUUUCAGCCACAUCAUUUGGCAACUACUAGGGAGCCGAAGAGGAGCGAAAUAUUCAGAUUCCGAAUGGCAUUGUGGUAUGAACAUCUUGGACGGCUUGAAGUUUCUUUCGGGGAACCAGAAAGUGUCGCAUGUGUGCGGUUAGUAAAUGCAGAGGCUGAUAAACUCUGGAAUCUAUAUUCGAGCCAGACACUUGAUCAUGACCUCCCUGGACACUUGCUUCGCUACCCAAUAGAAGUCACUAACAGUGGACAAGUUACAACUCUUCCAGGGUUUGAGUGCUUUCCGGACACCGAGGCUCGUGUUCUUGGAGCCAAAUCUGACUACCUUCCCCCAAUCCUCACUACAUAGAUUAUUGUUGUAUAUAUACAAAUAUAUAAUGCAUUAUGUUGGGAAUUAAACACCCCC